AUGGCGACAGUAAUACCACCCCCGUCGAAGCGUCAGAAGAGAGAGGAGGUCGAGCGCACCACAACACAAGUCGAUGUCGCCCAAGUACUGGCGCCUGAGCUCGGCUCCUUCAAGGCCAACUUUGUCGACAGCGAUGGUAACCAGAUGACCGAUGUGAUCGAAAUCAACUUUGCCGAUGCCACCGAAAAGAACAUCUCCGUCCUGCUCAACACAUUGCUCGAGAGAGACCGCGAAGAGUUCACCCCAUACCGAUUCCGCAUCCAUAUUCCCGGCAAGGAUAUCAUUGUCGACCAGUACCCUACCGACCUCCUCGGCCUUCUCAAGCAGCAUGGCGUCGAGAAUCCUUUCGAAACCACCAUCACACUUAGCGCCGAGCCCCAGGCUGUUUUCAGGGUACAAGCAGUUUCGCGCCUUGCCCAUCGCAUUCCCGGCCACGGUCAACCCAUUCUCGCAGCCCAAUUCUCUCCCAUCUCCUCCGGUCGCCUUGCUACCGGUAGUGGCGACAACACAGCCCGUAUCUGGGACACGAAUACCGGUACCCCGAAGCACACACUGAAAGGCCACACCGGCUGGGUCCUCGGCGUCAACUGGAGGCCCGAUGGAGAGCAACUAGCGACCUGCAGUAUGGAUGGCACAGUCAGGAUAUGGGAUCCUGAGACCGGCAAGGCCGUUGGUCAGCCUUUCAAGGGCCACGCCAAGUGGGUGUUGAUGACGGCGUGGCAGCCUUACCACCUGUGGAAGGACGGCACCCCUAGGAUCGCCAGUUGCAGCAAGGACGGUACCUGCAGAAUUUGGGUCGUGAACACAGGCCGCACUGAAAACGUCCUGAGCGGCCACAAGAGCUCGGUUGCCUGCGUGCGAUGGGGCGGAACUGAUCUCAUCUACACUGGCUCGCACGACAAGACUAUCCGGGUAUUCGACGCCGUCAAGGGCACCUUGGUACACAGCCUGACAGCCCAUGCCCACUGGAUCAACCACAUCGGUCUGUCGAGCGACCAUGCCCUUAGGACCGCAUACUUUGACCACGGCUCCAAGGAUAUCCCUACCACCGAGGAGGGCAAGAGGGAGAAGGCCAAGGAGCGUUUCGAGAGAGCGGCCAAGAUCAAUGGCAAGGUUGCUGAGCGGAUAGUAUCUGCCAGUGAUGACUUUACCAUGUACCUGUGGGAUCCCACCAACAACGGUACCAAGCCCGUUGCUAGACUUUUGGGACAUCAGAACAAGGUGAACCAGGUUCAGUUCUCUCCCGACGGCACUCUGAUUGCCUCGGUUGGUUGGGAUAACAGCGUCAAGCUCUGGAAUGCCAGAGAUGGCAAGUUCCUCAAGAGCUUGAGGGGUCAUGUUGCACCCGUCUACCAAUGCUCCUGGUCCGCCGAUAGCAGACUUCUCAUCACGGCUAGCAAAGAUACCACCCUCAAGGCAUGGAAUGUGCGCACUGGCACUCUCGCCAUGGACCUUCCCGGACACGAAGACGAGGUAUACGCCGUGGACUGGUCCCCGGAUGGCAAGAUGGUAGGAUCUGGCGGAAAGGACAAGGCCGUGAGGACAUGGAGGAACUAA